CCCACCACUCCUGGCUGAACCACCAUGUCGCCAACUGCCCACCUCUCCUGCCUGUGGGCUCUGCUGGUGGCCUGCCUGGCCCACAGCAUCAGGGGGUCCCUCAGGGCCCAGGCCCCAGGUCCCCAGCCACUGGAGCUGAAAGAGGUCUUCACGUUGUUCCAGAUCCAGUACAACCGGAGUUACUCAAGCCCAUCAGAGCACGCCCGCCGCCUGCACAUAUUUGCCCGGAACCUGGACCAGGCUCAGCAGCUGCAGGAGGAGGACUUGGGCACAGCCAAGUUUGGGGUGACCCCAUUCAGUGACCUCACAGAGGAGGAGUUUGCCCAGGUCUAUGGGCAUCAGGAAGCGCCUGGAAGGGUCCCCAACGUGAGCAGCAAGGUAGUGCCUGAGGAGUGGGGCAAGUCAGUGCCCUCCACUUGUGACUGGCGGAAGUGGGCUGAGGUCACCAAAACCGUCAGGAACCAGAAUAACUGCAAAUGCUGCUGGGCCAUGGCCGCGGCAGGCAACAUUGAGGCCCUGUGGGGCAUCAAGCACCGUCAGUCCGUGGAAGUCUCCGUGCAGGAGCUACUUGACUGUAACCGCUGCGGGAACGGCUGCAAUGGUGGCUUUGUCUGGGAUGCGUUCAUAACUGUCCUCAACAACAGCGGCCUGGCCAGCGAAAAGGACUACCCAUUCCGGGGGGACGACAAAGCCCAAAAGUGCCAGGCCAAAAAGCACAAAAAUGUGGCCUGGAUCCAGGAUUUCAUCAUGUUGAUGGACAAUGAGCAGGCAAUCGCCUCGCACCUGGCCACCCACGGCCCCAUCACCGUGACCAUCAACAUGAAGCUACUGCAGCAUUACCAGGAGGGUGUGAUCAGGGCCACACCCACCACCUGUAACCCCAAUCUUGUGGACCACUCUGUCCUGCUGAUGGGCUUUGGCAAGACCAAGUCGGUGGCAAGGAUGCCAGCAGAGGCGUCCCAGGGUGGAGCCCUGACUCGUCCUCGUCGCUCCACCCCAUACUGGAUCCUGAAGAACUCCUGGGGGCCCAAAUGGGGCGAGAAGGGCUAUUUCCGGAUGCACCGAGGAAGCAAUGCCUGCGGUAUCACCAAGUACCCGCUCACGGCGCGUGUAGACAAACCAGCUAAGCAGCUCUCCGUCUCCUGCCCUCCCUGA